UUGCACAUUCUGAUGACUCCAAGGCGGAGCAGCAGAAUCUGUGCCUCUGGCUUUGUUCCUAUAUCGUAGCCUCACGUUUCUGCACCUCUACUUUUGCCUCCUUUCUCUGGAUCUCGAUGCCUGCUUGUGGUACUGCUUCCGCAUCCAACAAAGCACGGACUCACAAAUCACAGGCUUUGCUUUUUAAGUUUUCUGAAGGAGGAGGGGGGAAAAAAAAGGGAGGAGAACUGUGGUGCAGUUUUGUUUAAUUCACGUGGCGAGUUUACAAUUAUUUUUGCUCUGGUUCUGGGUCUUUAAAUUGGGAUCCCAGCCUUUGCCUCAUUGCUGCGGUCGAGUGAGUUUGUUUGUGGUUCAUGGUGUGAGGGGGAAGGGGCAUGGCCUUGGAGGCGGUGGUUUUCCCUCAAGAUUUCUUUGGUUAUGGUUGGGGAGGAGGGGCGGCGUGGCGUGGGGAUUUGGGAGAGAUGCUGGAGGCGGAGUGUGAGAUGGGCGGCGGCGGCGGCGGUGGGGGACUGGAUGGGGUUUUGGAUGCCUCUUGCUCCUCCUUGGUGCAGAAUCGCGUGCAGGAAUGGAAUGUGAAUUGCCCGCCGGCGCCUGCGCCGGCGGCGGCGGAAGGGUCCCGGAGGAAGAGGCAGCGGACGAGGAGCGUGAAGAACAAGGAGGAGGUGGAGAGCCAGAGGAUGACGCACAUUGCGGUGGAGCGCAACCGCCGGCGGCAGAUGAACGAGUACCUCGCCGUGCUGCGCUCCCUCAUGCCCGCUUCCUACGUGCAAAGGGGCGACCAAGCUUCGAUCGUGGCCGGCGCGAUCAAUUACGUGAAGGAGCUGGAGCAGCUUCUGCAAUCGCUGGAAGUCCAGAAGCGGCUCAAGCAGCGAGCGGACGCGGCCGGCAUUGCCUCCGCUUUCGACGACUUCUUCAGCUUCCCACAGUACUGCGCCUACUCUCCCGCCGCCGGAGACACCGCCGGCGGCGAGGCGGAUGAGGCGGGGCACCAAACGGGCACGGCGAACAUCGAGGUGACAAUGGUGGAAAGCCACGCGAACCUGAAGGUGCUCUCCCGCCGGCGGCCGAGGCAGUUGUUCGAGCUGGUGGUCGGCCUCCAGACCCUGCGCCUCCUGCCGCUCCACCUCAACGUCACCUCCGUCCACCACAUGGCCAUGUACUCAUUCAGUCUCAAGGUCGAAGAUGACUGCCCGUACACAUCGGUGGACGAGAUCGCAACGGCGGUGCAUCAAAUGCUGGGCAAGAUUCAAGAGGCGGCAAACUUUUAGAGCUUUAGCCAAACUUGUUGCCUGUGGGAGGUGAAAUCUUUCUCCUGUAGCUCUAGAAGAACACUUCAAUUGGCAGGAGAGUUAUUCUGCUGUAGACGAUGAUCAUAAAUAUAGCAAUAAAUGGAUACCUUUUCAAA